CAUGCAUCGACUUCCCUAUUUACAGAAACUCUGCAACAGAUUUCUUCAUUGUCGUUUAAUUAGAUCUAGCCCAAAUUGCUUAAAAAUAUCGAUCAGAAGCAUACACUCUUCAUUAGCACAUGAAUGUGGAGCUGAAGAAAAAUCAAUGCAUUUAUACGGUGAUGAAAAGUUACAGUACGGUAUAGACGACGAAGGCUGUCAUCAACUUCAUAUUCCUGUUAUGGUCAAAGAAGUUGUUAAUUUUUUAGAACCACAGCAAGGACAGCAUGUUCUCGAUUUGACAUUUGGAGCAGGAGGCCAUACCAAGGCUCUUUUGCAGAAAGCAAUGGAUAUUAAAAUAUAUGCGCUUGACAGAGACCCCACAGCUUUUGAACUAGCUCAGCAGCUUUCUGAAUCUCACCCGCAACAAAUCCAGGCUCUUCUAGGACAGUUUAGUCAAGCAGAAGCCUUGUUAACCUCUGCAGGAGUACAGCCAGGGGGUCUGGAUGGAGUUCUUUUGGAUGCCGGUUGCUCUUCUAUGCAGCUGGAUACUCCAGAAAGAGGUUUUUCCUUGCGAAAAGAUGGCCCUUUGGACAUGAGGAUGGAUGGUAGCAGGUAUCCUGACAUGCCCACUGCUGCUGAUGUUGUGAAUGCUUUAGAUCAACAGGCGCUUGCGUCCAUCCUGAGAACAUAUGGGGAGGAGAGACACGCCAAGAAAAUAGCUUCGGCGAUUGUUCAGGCACGCAGCAUAUACCCCAUCACCAGAACUCAGCAGCUUGCCAGCAUUGUUGCAGGUGCUUUCCCUGAAGCAGCUUUAUACGCUCAAAAAGACUUACUUCAAAGACCAACACAUGUUGCUACCAAAACAUUCCAAGCAUUGCGCAUAUUUGUGAACAAUGAACUACAUGAACUCCUUGCAGGAUUAAAGGUAGCUGAGAAGUUUCUAAAACCUGGAGGUCGACUGGUAGCGCUUUCUUUCCAUUCAUUAGAGGAUCGUAUCAUCAAGCGAUUUCUUUAUGGAAUAGAUAUUUCAGAUAAAUUUAACCUCAGUGUAAGACAGAAGAUAAGGCAAAUGGGAAAGAAUUCUGAAGAAGAGGUGAAUGGUGACUUGUCCAUGGACAACGAUAACUCAAGGUGGACUGCUAUACAAAAGAAAGUCCUUACUCCCCAGGCUAAAGAUAAUGAUAAAAAUCCAAGAGGACGCUCAGCAAAGCUAAGAGGAGCUAUCAAAUUGUAAAUUAUUAUGUUUCCUAUUUUGCCAUGCCUAUGUAAUA